GCGGACGUUUGGGUUUUCUAGGCACCUUAUUGCGGUGCCACCCGUGGUUCCUAGGCGGGGAGCCCAGCCCUGCCCCGGGCACGAGUGACCAGCCGUGAUUUGGAGCAUAAAGGCACGGACUCCUUCUAGCAGCCAUUGGCAACCUCAGGGAGAUGCUGAGCGCUUUGCCCGCAGCCCGGGGCGGCGGUAACCUUGUGGGCAGCUCCAGGAGACCUGCGCUAUGCUCACCGCAUUGUCUGCACCCGAGCUGUGCUGCGCAGGACUCGGGCACGGUUGCAGCUUUGUGUUGGAAGGUCCGGGUGUGCGAUGCUCGUGGGUUUGGGCUCGGCGGCGCUGCGCAGGGCUCUGCAGAAGAGGUUGGUUGGGUUCGGGGCCGCUUCCCGGAUUGCCUUUGUGUUUGCUUGUGAUGAUUCCCAAAGCAAAAUGAGCUCUGUGCCAAGAAAACUCUCAUACCUAUAGCUGGCUGCAUUUAGGGCUUCUUGCUAAGAUACCUCCAAGGUCUCUGCGGAUGUAUUCUUGCCAGUUCUGAUGCGUGCAGCCGUGCUUUGCCCCAACAGGCUUUGAACCCCCAUGGGUUGUUGCCCUUUCCUUAAUGCAGAUAAGUGGCUGGGGGGACCUGGUACUAGCAUUGCAAGGUGGCCGAGCCCUGUAGGAGUGCUGACUGCAUGGAGAUAUGGCAGACACCAUGUUUGUGUGCUGGGUGGUUUUGCUGAGGCUGGGCACCUUGCCAAGGAAGCCACCGAGGUGCUGUGUUUGGAGAGCUUGCUGCCUAAAAUCCAAGACAGUACAAUUAUUAUUGUCAGAACCCCCCCAGAGCACUGGGUACAGCUCCUCAGAGCAUGCAUCCUGCAGUGGUUUGGCCCUGCAAACACCUCCCAAAGAACCAUCCUGAAGGAGGCUGCGGCUCAGUGGGGUUCUGAAAAUGGCUUCUUGCAGCACCUACUUUAUCCCUACCCCUUUCCCUGCUCUGGCUGCAUUAAUCUACAUAAUCAAAAUGAGAUAUGUUAAAGGUGCCUUCCCCUUCUGUGUGGCUCUGCUGCCCUUAGGUGCGCCUGCUCAUGGGAUCAGAGGUUGGUCCUUGCUAUGCAGUGUGAUUGGAGCUGCGAUCUGCAGCCUUGGCUGCACUCAGGUGCAGAGCGCAUUCACGGUAUCUGGGAUGGGAGCAGGAAAAGGAGGUGUUCCAUAUUUGGCAGCCUUGAUUUAUGAUCUGAGUUUGUAGGACACUGCCGUCAUCCUGAAACAACCCAGCAAAGCAAAUCUGCUGGGGAGCGUGGUGAUAAAGAAAGCAGCGUGCAGGUGCUGGCUCCUGGGAGGACAGCAGGAAAGCUGAGCUGGGACAUGUAGGUGGUUCUGCCCUCCGCUCUGCGUUCUGUGGCAGAGUUUAGGAGAACUGUCCGCAGAACCCUCAGAGCUGAGGGGUUCCUGCUCUCACCCCACUCUUCUCCACACUGCUCUGCAGAGGUGCUCCGCAGCCCUGUGAUGCCGUCAUCCCACGGGGAACACUUGAGAGUGCUCCUCUGCAUCUCGAUGCCCUCUGGGUUUUAAAACCUGUUUUUCAAGCUUUCAAUUUCUCCUCUGCAGGUACACCUGUCCUGCCUAGCGCAGGGUGGGAAAGGAGGCACCUGAUGAGAUUACAUACAGGUGUGGGGAAGGGAGGCGAGUGGCCUGGGAUCACUCAUCAGAUAAGGAGCUAAAUGAGUGCUUGCAAUUUUCUCAAGCUUGCUUGCAGAAACCUGCGCAUGCGUCACAAGCAAGGUUAGAGCACAGCGAGGGAGUGGAAAGGCUGCAAAAAUGGUGUCACAGGCUGUCCUUAAAGUCAGGCAGAGCUCAUGGUGUGAUGGUAGCAUGUGUGUUGUGCCUGGCUGUGAGCUGCUGGCUUUGCCUUCCCUUCUGAUGGCGGUGGGACGGAAUGUAGCAUGCGGCUGUGUCACGUCCCUUGGGAAUGAUGCUCAGUGCCCUGCUGAGGGAGAUGUGGCACUUAGGGAUGUGGCUCAGUGGGCAUGGUGGUGAUGGCUCAGUGGCUGGAUUUGAUGAUCUCAGAUUUUUUUUUUUUAAUAACCUUAAUGAUUUUAUGGUUCUAUGAAUUGAGCUCUGGUCACACGUGAGCACCUCGGUGACUCCAUCUCCUCUUUAUCAAUGAAGUCAUGGAAAAGCAAACGAGCUCUUAUCUCUUCCAAGAACCGAUCGUAGGCUUCCUACCCCAACCCUUGGGUCAGUGCCAUCAGUGAGGCUCCUUUUGUUCUCAAGCCUUUCUGUUUUGAGCAGAAAGAGGAGAAGCCCCUAUUGUAGGGUAAAGCAGAGCUUUACUGGGGCCCUGCUCCAUAGGAGUGCUAUUUGAUUCAUCCUCUGAGAGCCUUUGAGACCCUACUAGACCAGGGAGCCUGGACAGGUGUGCAGCAGGUGGUCCUUUGCUUUGCGUACAGCUUCUGUGUGUUAUAGUGCUGCUCAGGACGUCUAGUUUUCAAAAGUGAAGUGUGGUGUCUGAUGCUCCUGAAAGUAGGUGCAAUUGGGAUUGGAGGAGAUUCCAGUCUGCACUGUACAAAGGUGAAAUAAGCAAUGCGCUUUGAUCUGGGGUUAGAGACCUUUCCUUGAUUCCAUCUUUUCUUCCCAUUCUUCUUAUGCCUAUUUCCUUGUUUGUUGUGCAUGGAAAGUCCAACCCGAAGUGUGUGCAUGACUUGUCUGCCUUUGUUGUACCUUAUUUAUUUUCAGUCAAACCUUCAGGUUUCUUGGGGCAGAGACCUUGUGUUCAGGCUUUUCUUUCGAGGGUCUUGGGAUGCACUCUUGCAGUUGACAGAGGGGUGAAUUCUGGGAAGCCCCAUUUCUGAGCCUGCUGACAACUGGGAAUGGGUCUUUUGGUGACCAGGACAAGGCAACCUGAUCUGUUGUUGGAGCUGGCCCUGUGUUGGGGGAGUGGUUGGCCAGGUUCAGCACCAUGAGUAGGCAGCCUGGGCGCUAGCAGUGUGAGGAGCCCAGCACGGUGCUGCUCCGCUCACACCUUGCCUCACUGCUCAUCCCCGUGGGGAGAAAGGUGCUGGCAGCCCACCCUGCCCUUCUGCCCCGCUCACCCUAGAGCGGACGGGCCCGUUAUGGCUGGAGACAGACUCCCACGCAAAGUGAUGGAUCCAAAGAAGCUGGCCAGCCUCCUGCGGAACGGAGCGGAGGGCACCCUGGUCAUUGAUAGCCGCUCCUUUGUGGAGUACAACUCCUGGCAUGUCCUCAGCUCUGUCAACAUCUGCUGCUCUAAACUGGUCAAGAGGAGGCUCCAGCAGGACAAGGUCUCUAUCACAGAGCUCAUCCAGCCCACCUCCAAGAUGAAGGUGGAGGCGGAGGAGCACCAGGACGUGGUGGUCUAUGACCAGAGCACACGGGACGUGACCGGCUUGGCUGCUGACAGCUUCCUCUCCAUUCUCCUGGGCAAGCUGGACAGCUGUUUCCACAGUGUCUCCAUCCUCACAGGAGGCUUUGCCACCUUUUCAUCCUGUUUCCCGGGGCUCUGUGAGGGGAAGCCAGCUGCCAUCCUGCCGAUGAGCAUCUCCCAGCCCUGCUUGCCUGUGGCCAAUGUUGGCCCCACACGCAUCCUGCCGCAUCUCUACCUGGGCUCCCAGAAGGAUGUCCUGAACAAGGACUUGAUGACGCAGAAUGGGAUAAGCUAUGUCCUCAAUGCCAGCAACUCCUGUCCCAAGCCAGACUUCAUCUGUGAUAGUCACUUCAUGCGCAUUCCUGUCAAUGACAACUACUGUGAGAAGCUGCUUCCCUGGUUGGAUAAAUCCAUUGAAUUUAUUGACAAGGCCAAGGUGUCCAGUUGCCAAGUGAUCGUGCACUGCUUGGCAGGGAUAUCCCGGUCAGCCACCAUCGCUAUCGCCUACAUCAUGAAGACCAUGGGUAUGUCAUCAGACGAUGCUUACAGGUUUGUUAAGGACCGCCGCCCAUCGAUCUCACCCAACUUCAACUUCCUGGGCCAGCUCCUGGAAUACGAGAGGAGCUUAAAGCUCCUUAAGGCCCUGAAGGCCCAGGGCGACCGGGGUGAAGGAGAAGCUCCUCAGGACCCAACCGAGGCAUCUGAGGCUGGCAGGCACCCCACACCGUCUACCUCAGAGAAGGUUGAGGACGUACCAAGAAGCACAACCUCUGCACUCCCACCCAGUGACCCUGAAAGGCAAGGUGGGCCACCCAAGGUCUUGUCACCCACGGCACUGCAGCAGGGACUCAAUGGCUUGCACCUUUCCUCGGAGCGCAUCCAGGACACCAACCGCUUGAAACGCUCCUUCUCCCUGGACAUCAAAUCCGCCUACUCCCCCGGCCUGCGGCAGGACCCCCCAGGCCUUCCCAGCACUGGGGAGGCCCCCAAGCUCUGCAAGUUGGACAGCCCCUCGGCAACCAGCGGCCAGUUCUCCCCAGUGCCCGACAGCCCCGACUGGCCCAGUGGGCCAGACCUCCUGCUGGAAGCCAAGGUGAGGCAGCGACGCAAGCACCGGCACCAAGCCGGCUCACCAGCCCACGGCCUCAGCCUCAACAUCGGCUCUGCCCGCAAGAGCCCUGGGGCGGACGACAGCCUCCAGCCAAGGCUCAGCCUGCCUGGCCCACCGCCGGCCUCCAAUGGCUCCUGGGGGAGCGUCCACCUCGAUUCCCCCAGCACCCCCUCCUCUGAGGGAGGAUGGUACUUCGGCACGGACUCAGCCAGUAGCGGUGGCGGUGGCACCGGCGGUGGGACUCUGUUCAGCGGCAGCAGCCCGUACCCCCCGUUUGGUUGCAAUGGGAUGCCGGGGGGCUGUGAAAUCAGACUGAGGGACAAGCAGCGGGCCGAGGCGCGGGAUGGGAGGCACAGCUGGCAUGAGGAAGCCGGCGCUGAGAAGCAGUUCAAGAGGAGGAGUUGCCAGAUGGAGUUCGAGGAGACCAUGUCCGAGGGCAGGUCCCGGGAGGAGCUGGGCAAAAUAGGCAAACAGUCGAGCUUUUCGGGCAGCAUGGAGAUCAUCGAGGUGUCCUGACACCCAUCGUGGGUGGUUAGAGAGAAAGGGGUGGGGGGAUAUUUAAGAUGGGGAGAGA